CAUUGAAGCAUGGCUGAUUAAGACAUAUGUUUGUUAUAAGCAUUAAUGUGCAUACAACAAAUAUUUGUAUUCAUAAAGAAGUGCUGGUAUUAGGAAGUAUUACAGUUCGGGAUAUUGUAUAGGUGUUUGACUAUUUGUAAAUUAUUUUGAUUGUGGAAAGUGCUACCUACGAAUCCAUCAGUCGAUUUACUUUGGUGAAUGUUUGAGCAUGCGCUGAGGUCAAACUACGCAGAGGUGGGAAAAACGUUCGAGUCAUACAUUUUGGUUGAGAUAAACAGAACAAACCAACAUAACCAUGGUGGCUAGUUAGCUAACUCUAUCGUAACUUCAAAGUGCAAAAGCUCAGCACAGAAAAAUAAUACCCUUACGGGAGUCUACAGCCAAUCAUCAGCCAUGAAAAUAGCUGUGGAAGGGUGUUGCCAUGGAGAGCUGGAUAAGAUCUAUGAGACGAUUGGCUACCUGGAGCAGAAGGAGGGGGUGAAGGUAGACCUGCUGCUGUGUUGUGGAGACUUCCAGGCUGUGAGGAACGAGGGGGACAUGAAGUGCAUGGCUGUGCCGCAAAAGUACAGGCAGAUGCAGACCUUCUACAAGUACUACUCUGGAGAGAAGGCGGCUCCGGUCCUGACUAUCUUCAUCGGUGGGAAUCACGAGGCCUCCAACCAUCUCCAGGAGCUUCCGUACGGGGGCUGGGUGGCUCCCAAUAUCUACUACAUGGGUUACGCUGGCGUUGUGCGCUACAAAGGAGUAAGGAUAGGUGGCUUGUCUGGAAUCUUCAAAGGGCAUGAUUACAGGAAAGGACAUUAUGAGUUCCCUCCAUAUAACCCAGAAACUCUACGCAGUGUUUACCACAUCAGGAACAUCGAUGUCUUCAAAAUCAAACAGAUCCAGAUGCCUGUGGAUGUCUUUCUGACCCAUGACUGGCCUCGUGGAAUCUACCAUUACGGCAGCACGGGGGAGCUGCUGAGGAAGAAGAAGUUCCUGAGGCAGGAGGUGGAGUCCAACACACUGGGUAGUCCUGCAGCAGCAGAGCUCCUGGCCCACCUGCAGCCUAACUACUGGUUCUCUGCGCACCUCCACGUCAAGUUCGCUGCCCUAAUGCAGCACCCGGCCAAAGUUGAUGCUGCCCCCCGCACUACCAAAUUCCUCUCACUGGAUAAGUGCCUUCCAUACAGGGACUUCCUACAGAUCGUAGAGGUAGCAGACAGACCAGGAUCGUCCCAGGGUCUGGAGUAUGAUCCAGAGUGGCUGGCCAUCCUCAAAGCUACAGACAGUCUGCAGACUGUCAGCCCUAAUUACUGGAACCCCCCGCAGAACAACGGCUUGCACACAAGGUGGGACUUCAGUGCUUCUGAGGCAGCCAUGAUGGAGGCUGUGGGUGACCUGGGGGGUGAACUGUCCAUCCCUGACAACUUCUGCCUGACCGUGCCAGCCUAUGACCCUGCCCGGCCACAGCCCCAUGCCCACCCCAGCUACAGCACCAACCCGCAGACCACCGAGCUCUGUGCCACCCUGGGUCUCAGAGACAUCUAUGCCCAGGUUGGGCAGGGAGGGUAUGGGGGCCAGAUAGGCACAGGCGCCCCAGAGCUGGAGGAUGAUGAAGUCCAGAGUGGAGAUGAACCCAGUGAGUACCCUAGUGACACCUCAGGCCUGUCCAGCUCCUACAACCCUGAUGAGAUCACCAUAGAGGAUGAGUGGGAGGAGGAGGAGGAGGGAGGAGAGAAAGAGGGAAGGGGGAAGAGCCCUGAUGCAGUGGUCCCAGAGGGGGAAGCAGGAGGGAGACGGGACUCGGGGCCCCCCUCUAGAGAGCUGCCCCCCAGCCGCAUGGUUCUGACCAUGCCUGAGCCCAAAUCAGACCCCGCUCCUCCCUCACGCCUGUCCCUCAACCUGCCUCCUCCCUCUCACUCCUCACCCCCGGAAAGGGAGGAGCCCCACGUCCGGAUCCCUAAGCGCACCAGUGGGGAGACGGGGGAACCUAUCAGUACAGGCAGCACCCCUAGGAUCAAACGCAGGAACCAGGUCAUCUACACUGCAGUGGACGAUGACGAGAGUGAGGACUAGGGCUGGAACUUGACCCAGGUUUCAGGGGGAAGUCAGUGGGAACUGUUGUCAAAUAGAAGAUUCUUAUUAACCCUUUUUAUAUUGAUAUUGUCCGUCAAUGCAAACCUAUUGUCCUUCUUCAAUGCAAACCAACAGAGAUGGUUUUUUUUAGUAUAGGGAGAGUGGAGAAUCCCAUGAUGGAAAUGUAUUUUUUUAAGUCUGUUCAGUUCCUUUUUUUAAAUUAUGAAAUUAUAAAGAAAGUUGUGAUUUUAAGAAGAAAAAUAACAAGUUGAAUUUCAGAUGAGGCACACUGUUUCCUCCGUAGUUUUCCAGGUUGGGUCAACUUCAAAAGGGCUGUGUUGGAAAACAAGAAAAGGUUGUUAACGUGAAUGUUUGUACACCAAAUAGUCAUAAACCAAUUUUGAACAUUAACCUCAUGACAUCUUUACUUUACUUUAGCCAGAAGUAAAAUUCUUGCAAAAGUUUAA